CAGCGGCGGUGACGUGAGCUCCGCGCACCUGGGCUGGGCAGGUAAGGGCUGGUGUGGGACUGGGAGCGGAGCCUGGAGUCCCCGCCCGGAUCGAGCCAACCACCAGUCUCCUCUGUCGGCCUGGAGCGCAGUGGUGGCGGAUCAUGGCUCUCCAACCCCGAAGAGUCCGCCUGAAGCCCUGGCUGGUGGCCCAAGUGGACAGCGGCAUGUACCCUGGGCUUGUCUGGCUACACAGGGAAUCUAAACGCUUCCAGAUUCCCUGGAAACAUGCAACUCGACAUAGCCCUCAACAUGAGGAGGAAAAUACUAUCUUCAAGGCCUGGGCUGUGGAAACUGGGAAAUACCAGGAAGGAGUUGAUGACCCCGACCCAGCCAAGUGGAAGGCCCAACUCCGAUGUGCUCUGAACAAGAGUCGGGAAUUCAACCUGAUGUAUGAUGGCACCAAGGAGGUGCCCAUGAACCCGGUGAAGAUAUAUGAAGUCUGUGAUAUCCCCCAGCCCCAGGGCUCAAUUAUUAACCCAGGAUCCACAGGGUCUGCUCCAUGGGAUGAGAAGGAUAAUGAACUUGAUGAGGAAGAGGAAGAUGAGCUAGAUCAAUCACAACCUCAUAUGCCACUCCAGGACGCCUUCCCUUUCCUGAACAUCAGUGGAUCUCCUAUGGCGCCAGCCAGUGUGGGAAACUGCAGCGUGGGAAACUGCAGCCCUGAAGCAGUGUGGCCCAAAACAGAACCCCUGGAAAUGGAAGUACCCCCAGCUCCCAUGCAACAUGACUUCUUUAGUUCUCCAGAAUUAUGGAUCAGCUCUCUGCCAAUGACAGAUUUGGACAUUAAAUUCCAAUACCGUGGGAAGGAGCUGGGGCAGACAACAGUGAGCAACCCUCAGGGCUGCCGACUCUAUUAUGGUGAUCUGGGGCCCAUGCCAGACCAGGAGGAGCUUUUUGGUCCUGUUAGCCUGGAGCAGGUGAAGUUCCCUGGGCCAGAUCAGAUCACUAAUGAAAAGCAGAAGCUGUUUACCAGCAGGUUGCUGGAUGUCAUGGACAGGGGACUGAUCUUGGAAGUCAGUGGCCAUGCCAUUUAUGCCAUCAGAUUAUGCCAGUGCAAGGUUUACUGGUCUGGGCCAUGCGCCCCUUCACUUGUAGCCCCCAACUUGAUUGAGCGGCAAAAGAAGGUCAAGCUAUUCUGCCUGGAAACCUUUCUCAGCGAACUCAUUGCCCGCCAGAAAGGACAAAUAGAGAAACAACCACCUUUUGAGAUCUAUUUGUGUUUUGGGGAAGAAUGGCCUGAUGGGAAACCCCGAGAGAGGAAACUCAUUGUGGUUCAGGUAAUUCCAGUGGUUGCAAGGAUGAUCUAUGAGAUGUUUUCUGGCGAUUUCACCCGGUCCUUUGACAGUGGCAGUGUCCGCCUGCAGAUUUCGACUCCAGAUAUCAAAGAUAAUAUUGUUGCCCACUUGAAGCAGCUAUACCGCCUCCUCCAGACCCAGGAAAGCUGGCCUCCCAUGAACCCUCCCCCCAACAUGCAUAUGGCCCCUGCCCUACCGGCCCAAUGAUCUUGGUUGCUGCAGCCCUCUUCCCCUUUUCUAAAUAUUGUACAUAUGAAUAUUUUUUAUUAUUCAGAUUUGUUAACUGACUUUUAGCUCUAACUUCUCUAUAACAAUGUUAAUAGUUUCUGUAUGUUUCCUACUCUGCCUAGCUUUUUUAAAAACUUGAUUUUAAUUUAUAUCAAAGAUCAGAUUGUAUAAAUUUCCUAUUUUUCAUUCUCAAAAGGCCCACUGGGGUUAAGUGUAGUGGCAUAAUGUAAGGGAAAGAACCUAGAAUGGGAGUCAGGAAACCUGGCUUCUAUAAGCUUAAGCUACUGACUUGUUAUGUGACCUCAACCAUGUCUCUGGGCCUCCAUGAAAAUGCUAAGAGAUUGAUCUCGGUCAUCUCUGUGUUCCCUCCAACUCAAACAUUCCAUGACUCGGUGACUGAAUUGUCACCUUGAAAAAUAUCUCAGAACAGAAUGACCUCCCUUUUAUUCCUUCCCUGCCCCAUGCUGGUGAUUUAGUACAAAGAAGCCUGGAUUGGAAGCCAUUGAACUUGUUUGAAUACCUGGCUCUGUCACUUAACUGUUUAUGUGUGGAACUCAGGGAAAAUUACUUAUCCUCUCCGGUCCUCAGUUUCUUCAUCUAAAAAGAGGAGGAUUUGGACUAAAUGCCCUUCACUCUAAACCUGUUUCCCUACAUUGCUUUGUCCUCAGACCACCAGAAUCGUCUGUCUUUCAUUAAAUUUCCCUCAAGUGCUAAUUGUUCAGGAUGGAGCUCUGUUUGACCUGCUCAUCUAGAAAGCAAACUGCCAGGUUGGGGGGAAUGAGAGGGAGGGGCUACCUGUGGUUGCUUAGAAACUUGGCUCAAUAUUUAAAUAGAAGAGGGUGCCAAAGUCUGAAAGUCUCCUGUGUGUAAAGUCUCAUAAAUUGAACCUCUAAAAAGAAGCUGUCGACAAUAGCUAGCUCGGGAUUUGGUGGAAGAAUAGGUUAUGUUUACCCUGUCAUCCCUCAAAUACAUGUAAGUGUGUGUGUUGUGGAUGUGUGUAUGGCUCAGAUCAUUCUUUUCAGAAGAAGGAUGGAGGUUUUGUCCCUUUUUUUUCAAGGCCACCUUGGGAGUGGGGUCAGUUUGGUUGGGUUUUUGCUAUUUGAGGAUAAAUUCCCAUGGUAACAGAGGGGCCUUUAGAAUUCCUAGUAUUCUUUGCAGCAGGAGGCUUAAUAUUAAGUCAGCAAACAUUUAUCGAGCACCUAUUAUUGUCAGAGUAUUGUAUAAGGGAUACUAUAAUUGAAAAAUGAGUUUUUGUCUUCAAUAAGUUUCCAUUCUACUGGGAAUAUACAUUGUUUUGCUUAACUAAAUGGACCAGGGACACAAAGGUAUAAUAAGGGUUUUCCAAUUUUAUUCUCUAUAUCACUUGAGUCUCACCUAGUGAGGUAGGUGCUCUUAUUAUUUCCAUUUUACACGAGGAAACUGAGGCAGAGAGGUUCUGUGACUUGCUGAGGGUCACACAACUAGGAAGUGUCUGACACAGGUUUCAGACUUGGGUCUUCCUCACUAAGUCCAGCACUAUUC